GACACUAAGCUUUUUGACGUAAAGCUUGCUGAUCUACCUGCAUGGUUUGCACGACGCGAAAAGACUCCCUCGGCUAUGUACAAUGAAUUCAUGAGAAAUAUCUGGAGGGUGCACAACAAGUGGUACUCAGGACCUGUAUACAAUAACACCGUGAUAGCCGCUCUUUGUCGGGAAGGCGACUUUGAGCGUACUCUGGCUUCGAAAGAAAUCUUGGACUGGAAUCGGUUGCAUGGUCCAAAUGGCCUUCAGCCUCUGGUGGGUAGGGAUGAGUACGGUCAAAAUGACGGAAAACUGGGAGGAUGA